AUGGAGCAAGCAGCACAGCUCAAGACCAUCCUCGAAGGCCUCUUAGUGCCGGACAACGCGACGCGCCAGGCCGCCGAAGCGGCUUUAGAAAACGCCCAAAAGACGCAGCCGAGCCCGUUCCUGCUCGCGCUCCUCACGCUCUGCGGCGACUGGUGCGUCGCCGAGCUCAAACGCGCGAACGGCGCGAGCUGCGUGGACGCGGCGGCCGAAAUCAGGACGAUGGCCGCCGUUUUACUACGAAGGAAGAUCCAAGCGCACUACACUGCCUUGGACGACGCCACGAAAACUCAAAUCCAACGGUGGCUCGCGACGUCCCUGACGACGCCGCCGCCAGAAAACGAGCCGGACCUCGCGCGGAAGCUGGGCGAUAUCGUCGCCGCCGUGGCGACGCUCGACGAGGGUUUUUCCGAGGACGUCAAGCCGGCUUUACUGAACGCGCUCUCCACGAAUCAAACCGCGGGCGCGCUCGAGGCUCUCGUAAGGGGCGAUUUUGUGGAUGAGGGCGCCUUCUCGACGCAAUGCGCCCCCAGGCUCGCGCGGCUCUGCGCCUCGACCGACGCGGCCACGCGACGGCGCGUCGUCGCGGCCAUGAGCCGCACGCUCCUCGCGUUACAAGAGUCGGCGCACGACGAUGCUAUCGUCGAGGCGUAUUUGACGGCCGCCCUCGACGCGUCGCACGAAGAUGCCUUACUGAACGGCCUCGAGGCCUUGAUCGACCUCGUCACGGAGGUCCCGCGACUGUUUCGUUCGAAGGCGCCUCAAACGUUGACGUACGUCCUGCAGCUCGUCGCCACACGAAAGGGCGGCGUGCGCGCGCUGGCCGUCGAGUUCGUCGUGUCCUUCGCCGAGGCCGCGCCGGCGACGUGCCGCAAGGCCCGGCUCGAAGUGAAUGGCGUCGACGCGUGCUGCGGUUUGCUGAUGGAGGAGGACCCGGCACCGGAGGCGUGGGAAGUAUCGGAAGAGCCCGAGCCGGAUUUGGACGCGGAAUCUGGGAGGGAGCUGGGCAGAGACGCCCUCGACCGGCUAGCUCGGGCGCUGCGGCCCGAGGCGCUACUCCCGCGAGCCAUGGUCGUCGCAUCAGAAUUAUUACAAAGGGGCGCCCAGGGGGACUGGAGGGCCGCGCGGGCCGCGUGCGACGCCCUCGCGCAGCUCGCCGAACAUAUCGGCGAUUUACGCGCGGCGUCGGCGAAGGCUAGGAAGAACGUGCCCCUCCUCGACGGCGCGCGGACGGCGUCGACCAAAAAGCGCGUCGCGGAUCUGGUGACUUCCCUGCUCCCGUUCGCGACGGGCUACCCCGCGGCCGUCGUGCGCGCGGCGGCCUGGGACGCGCUGGGCCAGGCGGCCGCGGACCUGCAGCCGCAGCUCCAGGACGAUCACGCGUCCGUCGUGCUGCCGGCAUUGUUAAAUUCCAUCGGCGGCGACGCGGCGCCGCGGGUCCGCGCGUGCGCCGCGCGCGCGCUGCUCUGCUUCCUGGACGGCUGCGGCUUUAGCACGCUGGAGCCGCACCUGGAACACUGCGCUCGAACAUUAUCCGCGACGCUGACGGAGGCGCCGACGUUCGUGCGCGAGUACUGCGUCGCGGCGGCGGCCGCACUCGCGGCGAGCGUCGAGUCGUGCUGGGACGAGCGAAAGAAGAAGAUGGUCUCGACGGAGCUCUACGGGCUCUUCGCGCCUUCCCUAAAACCGCUCAUCGGCGGCGGCGGCCCGGGCGCCGCCGCCGCGGCGCUCCGCGCGCGGUCGCUCGAGUGCCUCGCGUUAUUGGGAUGCGAGGCCGGCGUCGACGUCUUCGGGCGGGAUGCGGCGGAAUUAUUACAAGUCGUGACGCGCGACUACUUCGACGAGGCCACGCGGCGGCCCGAGGACGACGCGGAGCGGGGCGGCGCGCUGAAGAGCGUCGUGCGCGUCGCGGCGUGCCUCGGCGAGGACUUCGCGCCGUUUCUGGGACGGGUCGUGCCGCCGCUCCUCGAGGCGGCGAGCGGCAAUCGGUUGCUCGUCGAGAAGGACGAUAGCGAUGAUGAUGAGGAGGGGCAGUACGUCAUCCGCACCGAGGCCCUCGAGGAGCAGUGCCAGGCGUGCAACCUGGUGCUGCUGCUGGCCGAGGCGACGGGCGCGUUGUUCGCAAACUACGUGCCCGCGUGCCUCGAGGCCCUCGCGCCGGUGGCGGGCAGCGCCAUGGUCGGCGACGUGCGCGCGGUGGCGCUGUCCGCGUUGCCGGCGCUGGUCGGCUGCGCGAACCGGGCCGCGUUAGCCGUAGGAGGCGACUGCCGCGGGCCCCUGCUCUUCGCCCUAGACGCGUGCCUCGCGAGCCUCGCGGAGGAGGACGAGAGCGAGCCCCUCGAGACGGCCUGUCGAGCCUUCGGCGCCUGCCUCGAGGCGGGCUGUCGCCGCGACGUCGACGCCAAGACCUUUCAACCUUUGUUGAGGGGGUCGCGGCUCGAUCCGGCGCAGCUCCUCGAGGCGCUCCACGCGGCCCUGGCGGCGACGCUCCAGCGGAGGGCAGUCAGAGCGGCCGAAGCCACGGUCGACCAGGAUUAUGAUGAUGUCCAGCGGGCCGCCGACGACGAGGAGGGCGAGCGCGACGCGUCGAUCCUCCAUCAUUUGGGAGAGGGCUGCGGCAGUCUGCUCAAGACGCACGCGCCCGAUACAUUGACAGCAUUGCUGGACGGCGCCUGGGCGCAGCGCCUCGCGCACAUGGCCCAGCCGCAGUGCCUCGAGGAGGACCGGCGCUUCGCGGUCUACGUGGUCUGCGACGCGCUCGAGUUCGGGCCCGGCGGGGACGACGCGGCGCGGGCGCGGGCGGCGUCGUUAAUCCCGGUGCUCCUCGAGAGCUGCGCGCCGGAGACGCCCGCCGCGCGGCGCCAGGCGGCCUGCUACGGUUUGGGGGUCGCGGCGACGGCGCUGCAGGCCCACUUCGCGCCCUACGCCGAAAAUGCGGUCCGGGCGCUGGUGCAGCUGAUGGCCGCGCGGCCCGACGCGUCCACGACGGCCGCCUGCCUGCCGGUCGAGGGCUUUGGCGACGACGACUCGGACUACGAGGACGUGUCGGACGACGAGGACGGCAACGCCGUCCAGGAGGCGCUCGUCGCCGACAACGCGGCGUCGGCGCUCGCGCGCGUGCUGGUCGUGAGCUGCCCCGACGCCGGGGCCUGGAGCCUCUGGGUCCAGUACAUGCCCCUGCUCGCGGACUGCACCGAGGCCGACGCGGCGCUGACGUGCCUCUGCGAGGGCAUUCGCACGGGGAGCCUCCCCGCGCCUCUGAAUCUGGUCGUCUCGUGCCUGGGCCGCUGCGCCGUCGCGCUCAAGGCCGGCGCGCACGGCACGACGGCGCGGGGCACGAGCCCCACCGAGUUCGACGGCGCUAAGCAGCGGCUCGGCGGCGCGCUCGCGGCGCUGCAGCAGUCCGCGGGCGCCGAGUUCGCUGCGCUGCCCGACGACGCGCGGCAGGCGCUUCAGGAGUGUGCGUUGUAG